UGUGGGGAGUAUAUUUUAAUACAUAAGAUAAGAUACUUAAACGAUUUUUAAGAAACUCUAAAUUAUAUACCGUCGGCGGCGUAUAAUUAACGUAAAUAUACCGCCGCUUUGCUUUUUGUGCCAUGAUGCUUGAUAUUAAAACUUCAGCUGAUUAUUUGUCACGAUCGACGGGAAGUUUUAGCAACUUUUCAAUGUUGUUUGCAGAUUCUUCAUACAAAUCCUCGUGGGGAUCCCACAGUUCAGCACAAUCGCAAGGCUAUAGUUCGAACGCACUGAGCAGUGUAGGGGUCAGCGUUGGAAAGUCAUCGCUGGAUCCACAUACACAUCUGAGGCAACCUGAUCCAUAUCAAAUGUUUGGACCAACAAGCAGUCGACUAGCAAGUUCUGGUGAGUGCGAUUAUACACAUAUACUCAUUUAUAUGCAUUUCAUAGUCUAUAAAAAAUCAGUAGCAGAAAGAUGCAGAAUAAAGUGGGCUCCCUCUAUUAAAUUUACUUAUCAGUGUGCAAGUAGUACUGAAAUAGUACUUCAAUAUACUGUACCUACUGAAGACAUUAACUCCUUUCACAAAAUGUACGAAAAUUCUUGUUCAUAUCAAACGGCGCUGGACCUAAAACGCGUCUCUCCUCCAACGUUAACACAAGUCAAAACUGAAGACUGCCUUACUUUAGGUCAGUGUUCACCAGACUGGACGUCAUAUCGUUUCCAUCAAUCAACAUUCGAACAAUUGAAGCAAAGUGUAGAGAAAGCAAAAGCAGCUCUACAAGACCGCAGCACAUUUUUUGGGGCUACCAGCGCAUUUAGUGAUAUUUACUCUACACAACGUUUAAGUGACACUCUAGACACACUACCUAAUGUACAGAGCAGUAAUGGAGCCAAUUGUAUUGGUAUUGUGCACAAUAUGAAUUCAAGCUCAGUGGCCAGUUCACCGAGUAUUGUAUUGAAUGGUAAUGGUAUAACAACAGUUUCGUCUGCUACGACAGGCCAACGUUACCGUUUGGAUAGUUUGCAACCUGCUGGCUGCUCACCAGGACAGCAUGGCGUUAUCACCUCAACAGCUCCACCACCUUUAACGACAACAUCAUUAGAUUCAGCAAAUGUAGAAACAAAAUCAAGGGAUAAAUCUUCUGCGGGUUUAUCAACCACAUCUCUUGGUAGCGCAAACAACGAUAGUCAUCGUAGUUCUAAUAAAUGCUUAACGGGUAAGUGA